GAUCGCCACCGCCGCCUCUCCCCGCUGCAGUGAUGUGCGACAAGGAGUUCAUGUGGGCCCUGAAGAACGGAGACCUGGACGAGGUGAAGGACUAUGUGGCCAAGGGCGAAGAUGUCAACCGGACGCUGGACGGUGGGAGGAAGCCGCUUCACUAUGCAGCCGACUGUGGGCAGCUUGAGAUCCUGGAGUUUCUGCUUCUGAAAGGAGCAGACAUUAAUGCUCCAGAUAAGCAUCAUAUCACUCCACUUCUGUCUGCUGUCUAUGAGGGCCACGUUUCCUGUGUGAAACUGCUUCUGUCAAAGGGUGCUGACAAGACUGUGAGAGGCCCAGAUGGACUGACCGCCCUUGAAGCCACCGACAACCAGGCCAUCAAAGCCCUGCUCCAGUGAUGGGCGCCCAGCGCCCGAGGGACGACUCUCCUGUGCCUCACUGCUGCCUGUCUGUCUGUCACUCUAUCUGCCAGCUUCUUCAGCUAAAUACUUUAUGAGGGGUGAGGGGAGAGCGGUCCGUAACCAGUCCGACCACC